GGGGACUGACGCUGGCUGCUCAGCAACGCCGGCUUGAUCCUGGGGCUAUAAAACCAGUCCUUGGUGAGGGAAGACAACAGCACUGGUUCCCCUUCGAUUGGAAACGCCAAGAGGCGAGCCACAGUCCUGGCUCCCCGGGCAUCCAGCCGGGAUCACUGCUCCUGCACUCAGGUCCGCUUGCCCUACUCCCAGCGAGGCCCAGCCUGCGUCCGACUUGAGACUCGAGCUAGGGUGCUGUCCAACCAACCCUGGCUCCUGGACCUAGGCAGCGCCCGGGAGCAGAAGAACGCCCCGGGCACUGCUAACAAAGGAUAGUUUUUCUUCUCCGGACAAUCUGAGGAAGGGGACCACUUCUCGCUCCCCGUAUCCCAUGUCCAAUUUCCACUACCACUGGGGCGUCUUCAAGGUUCACCUGUACAACCCACUGGGGCGCGCACGUUUGGAGAUCUCGAGGCAGGGAUCUAAAGAGAAAGAAGCUAACAUCGGGCCUUCCUUGUAUCGUUGUCCUUUGAAGGAGAAGAGAAAUCCAAUAAUUGCCCAAAGGAUUUUAGAAAGCAGAGAAUCAGUUCUCCCUCCUCCCUCAACUCAUCUUCCUGGCAACAACUGGAGCCCCCAGGCCCCUUUUCUGAGACCUGAGUGGGGGGCGGGGUUCCUAUUGAGCAGCCUUCACUACGGUAAGACAGACUUGCUUUCCACUCCAGAUCUGAAGUAAAGAGCUAGUAAAAAGGGCCCAGAUUCUCCUUUUGCUUCUCCCCUCAUUUCUUUCCUUUUGGAGAAUCAGGAUUUCUCCCCCUGCUUGACUCUACCGUUUGGAAAGAAAAGUUGGAUUCACUUAGUAGGGAGUGGGAGAAAAAGGGAAAGAGAAACCGCCAAGAGACCGAGCCCACCUUGAGGCUGGGGCUGUUGUGAUUUCCCCGGCAGCUGCUGCGGUCUAACCGGAGGACCGAGGCCAUGGGCUGUUAGUUGUAUUCAUAGCACUUCUCCAAAUUCCCUCCUGUCUUUCCCCACUCACCGCCUUUCUGGAUCCCCUCCCCUAAAGAGCAGUGCCCCAUGUGAACUACCAAGAGCUUUCUUGGGGUGGGGGUGGGGGUAGGGGAAGAGAACUGACAUCCCUGGGGGAGAAAGGAGGACAGAGUUGGGACUGAGUGGAGGGGAGGAGGAGCUCGUUUUCAUGUUACACCAGGAGCACCCGCUGGCGGAGGGGAGUUUCGCCCCUAUGGGGUCCCUUCAGCCGGACUCCGGCAAUGGAAGCUUAAAUGGAACUGAGACGGGUGGGGAGUCCCGACAGACCCCUUAUUCACUGCAGGUGACCCUGACCCUGGUCAGUUUGGCUGGGUUGCUCAUGCUGCUAACUGUGUUCGGCAACGUGCUGGUCAUCAUCGCAGUAUUCACCAGCCGUGCCCUCAAGGCGCCCCAGAACCUGUUCUUGGUGUCUCUGGCCUCGGCUGACAUCCUCGUGGCCACGCUGGUCAUCCCUUUCUCACUGGCCAACGAGGUGAUGGGUUACUGGUACUUCGGCAAGGUGUGGUGUGAAAUCUACCUGGCGCUGGACGUCCUCUUUUGCACGUCCAGCAUUGUGCACCUGUGUGCUAUCAGCCUAGACCGCUACUGGUCCAUCACUCAAGCGAUCGAGUACAACCUGAAGAGGACACCCCGGCGCAUCAAGGCCAUCAUCUUCACCGUGUGGGUCAUCUCGGCUGUCAUCUCUUUCCCACCCCUCAUCUCCAUCGAGAAGAAGGGAGGCGGAAAGCAGGUGGAACCCCUGUGUGAGAUCAACGACCAGAAGUGGUAUGUCAUCUCCUCCUGCAUCGGUUCCUUCUUUGCCCCCUGCCUCAUCAUGAUCCUAGUGUACGUACGCAUCUACCAGAUCGCCAAACGUCGCACCCGGGUGCCGCCCAGCCGGCGCAGCGACGGCAGCGAGGUGGCCGAGCGCCGUCCCAACGGGCUCCCAGACCGAGGGGGUGGGGAAGGCCAACCUCUGCCCUCCAAGCUCAACGGGGCAGGAGAGCCGGUCCCAGCCGAGAGGGAGGUGAACGGGCUGGACUUGGAGGAAAGCUCCUCGUCAGAGCACCCAGAUCAGACGCCGGGCCCCCCUGGUCUCCGGAAAGGGGAGCGGGGCCCCAGGGGAAAGAGCAAGACCAAAAUGAGCCAAGUGAAGCCGGGUGACAGCCUACCCCGGAGAGGGGGAGAGGAAGAGCGGGGCGCCAAGGCGUCUCGCUGGCGAGGGCGCCAGAAUCGCGAGAAGCGCUUCACCUUUGUGCUGGCCGUAGUGAUCGGGGUCUUUGUGGUCUGCUGGUUUCCCUUCUUCUUCACCUACACGCUCACCGCAGUCUGCUGCUCUGUCCCCCCCACCCUCUUCAAGUUCUUCUUCUGGUUUGGUUACUGCAACAGCUCACUCAACCCGGUCAUCUACACCAUCUUCAACCACGAUUUCCGCCGGGCCUUCAAGAAAAUCCUCUGCCGGGUGGACAGGAAGCGCAUCGUGUGAAGUGAAGCUGCUACCCCACACGCCUCCAUCCCGUCCUCUCCUCACUCACUCCCUGCAGUGCCCCCAGCCCUUCCCAGCCUUGGCCUUUUGCUGUCUAUUCCCACCGCAGGGAUCACCGGCGAGCUGGGAGGCAUUCCUGCUUUGAGGGACAAAGCCCUGUCUCCGCCCUUGGAAUAGAGACCAGGCAGAGAGAGAACGCUCCGACCCAGGGCAGAGCAACAGACAGAUGGACUCGAGUAGGCGAAAGAUGACACUAGGGGAACAGUACGUGCACAGGCGCCUGGCUCUGUGUAAAGAGACUCAUGGCUAACCCGAUGUAUAGGGCGCUACAGCCAGUAAGACUCCUUCCUGCUUCCAAAAUUUCCAAAGGGGAUGUUCUGCAAGCCCAACUUGCCUUCCCAGGGGUGGAUAGCAACAGCAUUCACCCAUUGUGAAGUUCCAGUUGGGAAAACCUCCUUUUCUCCAGUUCAUUUCAGGCCUCACCUAGGGGCCUACAGCUGACCUUCGGCUGCAUGCUACUCCAUAGGGCAGUAUUGUUUCCAAAAAGUAUUUCCCCUUAACCCUAGUCCCAGGCACCAGAAGCGAGGCUCAAAUUCCACUUUGUGCUUGGUAAAAGAUAAAGCCGGGGUUCUCACAAAGAGUUAAUUAAUCGGGCAGUCACAGCCAGGCUUUUUGCCAAGGCUAACUGCCCUUUCCCCUCAUAAUUGUAAAUCUGCACUCUUUUAAAAAUAGUAAACAUGGGGUUACCUGUAUCGUGUUGUAACUGAUUGGUGUUGAUAUUGGUGUUUGGAAUCCUAUGGCGAGACUCAUCUUCGAGAAGGAAGUAUUGUCUCUCCUAGAGAGUAAAAUCCUUUGGCAGUGUAAGGUAGUUACUGGGUUUUUUGCUCCCUCCCUCCUUUUAAAGAUCCUCUGGUGUCCUUUUCUCCAGCAACUGGUGAUUAUCCCUUUGGAUCUGGAUGUGGUUUGAUAUUUCCUGACAGGGAAACAUUUCUGUACAUUUUCCCUGUGCCUAACAGCAUAAUUGCCUUUUCCUGUGUAAAUAUUACAGUAAUAAAUCAAGGCAGAGUUAAAGGAACUCCUGACUUACCUUGAGCCUCCCCAUGACAUUAUUACUUUAUUCCUAGAAUUGCAGCCUCAAAUUUUCACUUGAAAGCAAGACUCAUCACCCCAUACUUUCCACCGUGAAAGCAACUGCCUGAAGAAUAAAUGUUUAUAUACAGUAUAUAUGUAAACCCUCACCAGUGGACACUGACUAAUGGAGAGGAGGGAGCACUUUUCUCCCCCUUAGAGAUCGAGGGGUUGAAAUUAGGUGGGCAAAGAAAGCAACCUUGUUAAAAGCUGCCCAAGGUAAAGAGUUUGAAAAGACAGCUGGACCUGCCUGCCAAAUUGUACAGUUACUGACAAAAGAGUUACUCGGCAUCAAAAGUGUUGUCCUUUUUCUGCUUUCCUUGUUCAAACCACAUUGUUUAUAAACUGAGAAGGUGGGGUGUGGAGGUCUGAGACAAAUGUUUACAUCAGCAUUUCUACACAUAUUUUUUCGAUACUGAGUCUUCAAGGACUGCUACCAUAUUUCACCAAAUGGGGAAAACAAAGUCAUCAGAUGUUACUAAUAAUUAAUUUUUUUAAAUAAAA